AUGGCAAGACCUCGAAGAAUACCAGUCCGAACCGAAGCAGAAAUCACCCGUGAUGCAAUCGCUGAGCUUCAAGCUCAGAUGCAACCUAUCACCGCCGCCAUCCACAACCUCAACGUUCAACAUCCACCACCACCAGCUCGCAAUAAUGAAGAACAAGACGACAAUGAUGACGAAGAGGACGAUGAAAACGUCAAUUUGUUUGCCGCAGCCGCAGCAGCCCAUGACGCUAAUCCCUUUGCUCCUCUCUGCAACAACCGUGUCGUCGCUCCAGCUAACGUUCAAGCAGAAGAUGUUCCAUGGGAAAGAGGGUUUAAAACAGAGAUUCCUGAAUUUCAUGGAAACGCCUCCGCUGAAGAACUCCUUGAUUGGUUAGUGACGGUUGAAGAAAUUCUCGAGUUUAAACAAGUCCCAAUGGAACGAUGUGUUCCUGUUCUGUCUAUGCGCUUUCGUGGACGAGCAGCCCCAUGGUGGUCACAAUUGAAGGCUACUCGAGCUCGUCUCGGAAAACCUAAAAUCUUGUCUUGGGAUAAGCUUAAGUCGAAACUUAAGAAAACAUUCCUGCCUUACAAUUAUGAUCAGCUUAUGUUCCAACGUCUCCAUACCAUCCGCCAGGGCACCCGUUCUGACUCCGAGCGCCAGUUAGUCGCACAAUUCACAGCAGGGUUACGGCAACAAAUUCAACACACACUAAAUCUCUUCAAUCCGUUGACAUUGUCUGAAGCUCAUCAACAAGCUUUAACCAUUGAAGCUCGGACAAAGUCAUCUUUCUCUUCCUGGACCAAUGCUCUUUCUUCUCGCCCUAAUCAAACACAACCUACGGCAGAAGAUACAGUACCUGUCCAAAAAGACGCAGCCAUCGUCCCUGUCAUCGAUAAUCGCCAAGCUCGACCAAGUUCGCUACGAUGUUUCUCUUGUGGAGAGAUAGGUCACAGACAGGCUAACUGUCCCACGAGAAACCGGCGAGGCCUACUCCUUGAUACAGCUGGUAAUGACGUCGAAGUAAUCUAUGAUGAAGAACCUGUCGAGACUCCAGACGAGAUGGAGAUGCUUACUGCAGAUACCAGAACAGCUUUAAUGCUACGACGCGUCUGUCUUGCACCCCGUGUUCCUGAUGAGAAUCCACAGCGUAAAAACCUUUUUCAUUCAAAAUGUACAAUUGGAGGAAAGGUUUGCAAGUUCAUCAUUGAUUCCGGGAGUAGUGAGAACGUUAUCGCAGAGGAAGCUGUCACUAAGCUUCAACUACCAACAGAGGAUCACCCGUAUCCAUAUAAGCUCGCGUGGUUAGAUCAAAAAACAGAUUUAUUAAUAACGCGCCGUGCCUUAAUCACUUUCUCGGUUGGAGAUGCCUACAAAGAUCAAAUUCAUUGCGACGUUGCUCCUAUGGAUGCUUGUCAUCUUCUUCUAGGUCGUCCAUGGAUAUAUGAUCGUCGAAUUCUACAUGAUGGCUACAAAAAUACUUACAGUUUUCGGUUUCAAAACCGCAACUUUACUCUUCAGCCGUCUGUACCGGAAAAACACCAGCCCCCAACGUCUCCAGUUCUGUUUCUCCAACGUAAACAAUUUGAGGAAACGUUUCGUGAGGAAGGGAUCGUCUUUGCUAUCAUCAACUCACAAACACCUGCGACAUCUCCUGCAAUUCCUCCAGAAUUCUCUAAUAUUCUCCAGGAAUUCCGUGAUGUUUUUCCCGAUGACUUGCCACCAGGACUUCCACCUCUUCGCGAUAUACAACAUCGGAUAGACCUGGUGCCAGACGCCAUUCUUCCCAAUAGAGCUCAUUAUCGUAUGAGUCCCAGCGAACAUGAAGAACUUAGGCGUCAAGUUGAGGAUCUCGUGGCGAAAGGCUAUUUGCGUGAGAGCCUUAGUCCGUGUGCAGUGCCAGCUUUGCUUAUUCCAAAGAAGGAUGGGUCUUGGAGAAUGUGUGUUGACAGUCGUGCUAUAAAUAAAAUUACGGUGCGCUAUAGAUUUCCAAUACCACGUCUAGACGACCUCUUAGACCAAAUUGGUGCUGCGACGGUUUUCUCUAAACUGGAUCUUCGAAGUGGAUAUCAUCAGAUACGAAUUCGUCCAGGAGAUGAGUGGAAGACAGCUUUUAAAACGCGAGAAGGACUUUUCGAAUGGUUGGUUAUGCCUUUCGGCUUAUCCAAUGCACCAAGCACCUUUAUGAGGGUCAUGAAUCAAUCUCUACGACCAUUUAUUGGCAAAUUCGUAGUAGUUUAUUUUGACGAUAUUCUGAUCUUCAGUAUGACCUUAUCAGAGCAUAUUGACCAUCUGAAAGAAGUACUUCACGUUCUUCGUCGCGAUCAGCUUUUUGCCACCCUCAAAAAGUGUGAGUUUGGUUCUCCACAAGUGAACUUCCUUGGAUACAUUGUCUCAGCGCAAGGACUCGCAGUUGAUCCAGGCAAAGUUGAAGCAAUCAAAUCUUGACCUACUCCAACUACAUUGUCAGCAACAAGAAGUUUUCAUGGUCUUGCAU